UGGGUGGUUAACUUAAUUUCACUUGCCUUUUUCUUUUCAAUUCCAAGGUGGUCUAGGCUUUGUUCUACGCCUUUUACUGCCUAAUCUAAUCGGUGAUUUUCGUUAGGCUACUAAUCUUGCUAAAGCUACAGAGAUUCCCCUUUCCUUCUUUAUUUACAGCGAUUUAAGUUGAUCGAGCAUCAGCUUUAUCGACCUCUGGAUACCACUUGAAACAUAACCAAAAGGUAAAAGAAGUUUGUGCUGUUAUAGAUUUAAAACAAAUGGGGGAGCUUUUGGGGCUGCUAAAAGUGGUGGUUGUGCAAGGUAAAAGGUUGGUUAUCCGGGAUUUCAAGAGCAGUGAUCCUUACGUUGUAGUCAAGCUCGGUGAUCAGGUGGCAAAAACUAAGGUUAUCAACAGUUGCCUCAAUCCAAUAUGGAAUGAAGAGCUUACUUUUUCCCUCACUGAGCCUGUUGGAGUUCUAAAUUUGGAAGUAUUUGACAAAGACCGUUUCAAGGCUGAUGACAAGAUGGGACAUGCUUAUCUAAACCUUCAGCCACUUGUCUCUGCUGCUAGAUUGAGCCAUGCCCUCCGAGUUUCUUUUGGUGAGAUGACAUUGAGGAAGGUUGUACCUGACACUGAUAAUUGUCUUGUUAGAGAGAGUUCUAUUAGUUCUAUAAACGGUGAAGUAUUUCAGAGUGUUUGGUUAAGGCUUCGCACAGUCGAGUCCGGGGAGAUAGAGCUAAAGGUCAGGUUAAUUGAGACAUGCGAUGGGUCUUCAAGAUAGUUGAGCUAUCUGCUGAUGAGAUAGUGUUUUUGGGGCCUUGGGCUCAGGCUCGGCUUUCGUCCUGGUCUUUUGGGGUUGAUUCUGAAGAACUUAAGGCCAGUUUGGGCAUAUAUAAGGUAGAAUGGUUUGAAUGUGUGAAGUUUCCGGUGUAGAUUAGCUUACGUAAUCAAGCUUAAAAUAGGUGAUUUGAAACUAAUUUGUGGUGGAAUGAAAACCCUGUUGGUUUAAUCCCUGUUUAUAAUUUUCAGAAUGGCAAUGGCACAGCCAAAACUUGACCUAAAUAUAUGCAUCCUGAAUG